AUGCGUGAGAUGAGGUAAGUGACACAUUGAUUUUUAGCUUCAGUCAGGCAUGGGCGAUCGCUAUUGGUUGAAUAAGCUGAUGCAUCAACGUUGCAUUCGCUCGAGGCGGUAGGCGAGUGGGUCGUGAAGUGGCGUUGGUAGGUUCCCCAAAUAGGACCAGUAAAAGAAACGUUAACAAAUAUGUGAAAUCUAAUUUAUCAAGUGAAAUGUUCAUAAGCGACAGUUCGACAAUCAUUCUCGACGUUAUCCUGUAUGACAGGCGGCUGGGGGCUAUGAAAUAAGAUCCGUCACGCGCGAGUCAGCGUCCCCACUCCCACCCUGUUUUGGGGCACACGUUCGCUCAUUCUCACAUACGCGCCUGUGUGCGUCUUAGAUCCGUUAGCUCACGCGCUCCGAGCUUGUCAGCUCACCAGUGCUCGUCACUGACAAAACAGCCAGGGGUUCUAUGCGAACUAACCCCCUCAUAUUUGUCAUCUCCCAUCGUUAAACGGAACUUGGACUUGACCGUGACGCCUAUUGUAUGUCAUGUGUUCUGACUGUUGCUGUUGUAGGACCACAGACCUGACUUGACCGUGAGUGUCUGAUGGUUCCGACUGUCAUGUUUUCAUUUCUAGAUGGUUAGAUCAAUCAUCGUCAGCCCAGAAGCGUAUCAAACGAUGCUGUUGCACGCGUUUACUCAUGAGAGGGAAGAAAUUGGUGGUGUUUUGGUUGGUGAGGCAAGUGCCUUAUCACCCAUUGAUGAUAUUUAACCUCUCCUAGAAUGAUGGUCCUGAGACUUCUGUGAUCACCGUCAUCCCGCUUCCGCGCACGUCAGAGCAGUCGGACAGAGUUGAGAUCUCGGAAGCUGAACUAGCUUUCUUUCAGUCGAUUAAUAGAGAAUCACGUCUUCUUUAUAGCUUUUAUUUAAGGAAGGAGAAUAAUUAG